UGCUAUGUGGAUAUUUGUUAGCAAUGACUGAUGUGGAAUCUACAUAUGCAGACUUUAUUGCUUCAGGAAGAACAGGUAGAAGAAAUGCGUUACAUGAUAUACUUGUGUCCUCUCCGGGUGGGAACUCUAGUGAACUAGCCUUAAAGUUAUCAGAGCUUGAUAUAAACAAAGCCGAAGGAGAAGGAGAUGCACAACGAAAUCCAAGUGAGCAAACUGGGGAGGCCCAAGGGGAGGCAGCAAAGCAAGAAAGCUGACAUCUGUCUUUGACCGACUAGAACAGCUGCUGGAUGUUUUCAGACUACAAGAGCAUGCUGGAACAAAUUUGUUUCCAUGAGCAAGCUGGUGGAAAAGAAAGUGCAUGUGUCUUCACUGCUGGAACCCACUCAACACAAUGCUAAAAAUGGGGGUACAAGCUGUGGCAGAAGACAGAAUUUUCUCUACCUCUGUCAUUAGCAAUGGUUGAACAUGUAUUGAUUUUUUGGGAUAGUGUCAUCAGAUGGAUCCCUUCAUAAUGACUACUUGAUGGGAACACUUUUAGAAAGUAGAAGAGGUAAAUCUUGUAGCAAAUGGCCUUUGAAACGUCAGAGGAUCUAAUUGUAUAUUUAAGAAAAGGCUUGUGUGAUCCUCAGAGUUUAAAAUUCUCUGGCCAAAGUGUUCACCCAUUAAAAGAACUGUAAAGAAAGCACUGUUUUUAGAACUUUGCGUCUGUUUUACAGCUCUGUUAUUUACAAUGGUUUUUGUAUUGUAUGAAUUAGAUGCUCGACACUGCCCCUUCUCAACUGCUUAUGAAGAAUAUUUCUGUUACUGUGAAUUUUUCUACCACGCGUUUUGAAAGGGCUGGUUUUUUGCAUAAUGUGGUGAUGUGCACAUGAUAGAUUUAAAACGUCAAUGCUAAAUUGAUUAUGCCUAAACCUAAAUGACUCAGCAACACUCUAAUUUGUUACUAGAUGAGCCUUCAAAACGAUUUGUUAAUGUGAAUACUUCAGCGUGUUUUGUGUCCUUGGUACAGUUUUGCCACUUGCCUGUAGUUAGUUGCAUAUCAGAGACUCAAAUUGAAUCUUUUAUGUUAUUCUUUCCCAUUUUUCUAAUUUUACUCCCAAUUUCUUAAUCUUUCUCCAAGAUAUUUUUUUAAAAUGUUAGUCCAAGUAUUUUAUUGUUACGGUAGUUUUAAAAUACAUUUAUAACCUUAUAUGGGUUAAAAUUCAAACAAAUU